CGGAGCUGCUGGUGCGGGGGGGCGUGGGGGCGCUGGCGGUGGUGGAUGGAGACGUGGUGGACCACACCAACAAGAACCGGCAGCUACUCGCCCUGGACUCCACGCUGGGUCAGCCCAAGGCAGCUGUCAUGGCGCAGCGGCUGCUGGAUAUCAACCCACAACUGAAUCUGGUGGUACGACAGGAGUUCGUGGGACCUGACGAGGACGCCGACCGCUUGCUCAGAGAGCUAGCUGAGGCUCUGGACAAGGGCUAUGGAAGCACCAGCACCAGCAACACCACCAGCAGUAGUAGCAGCGCAAAUGUAACUGACCGUAGCGGCAGUAGCAGUAGCAGUAGCAGUGAUGGCACCCAAGAAAGUAACGUUCAAGGGCUCCAGCAGGACUCUGAGGGAGCAGCUGCUGCCGUACCAACGUGCAGUAGCAGCAACAGCAGCAGCAACACUGGCGUGGGGCCGACCCAUGGGUCACCUCGACUGGACUGGGUAGUGGACUGCAUCGACUCCAUAGCGCCCAAGCUGGCUCUGAUCUCCGCGGCUCGGCGGGCUGGGGCGCAGGUGGUGUCUUCCAUGGGGGCAGGUGGCCGCAUGGACCCCCUAGCCGUACGAGUGGCCGACAUCUCCGAAACCUACGGCGACCCCUUCGCCGCCAACAUCCGUCGAGGGUUGCGUCGCUCGUACGGCAUCCGCGAGGGCGUUACCGUUGUGUUUUCCGUUGAGCCGACGCGGCGGGACAGUUUGGCGCUCACAUCGCCCUCGACACGGUUCAAGAGGUCGUACUAUGGCACCAUCUCAUUCAUGCCGGCCACCUUCGGGCUGCAGAUCUCCGCUCACAUCCUGAAUGCCGUCACGGAGGGCCCUAUGCUAGCCAGCGAAGCGCUGCAGCGGCAGCAGACACGCAGGGAGAGAGGCCUGGUCACGCGUGCCAGCAGCGGCAGCAAUGGCAGGAGCAAGAGUAGUAGCAAGGGCAGGAAGGGCAGGGGCAGUUGCAGUAGCAGUAGCAACAACGGCGUUGGCGGCGAAGGCAGUAGCGAGAAUACCUGUGGUGCUAGCAGCAAGGAGGAAGCAGCGAGCAUGGGCGAAGUCGAGUGAGAAGGGCGAUGUGGCGUACAUCCUUACUUUACAGGGCGGCGCGGGAGUUUAGGCGAUGACGAGGGAGUAAGGGGCUUUCAUGGAAUAGAUGGAGGUGUCGGAGGGUGGCGGUGGUAUGAUGCGUGAAAGGGGUCGCUGCGUACAGGGUGAAGGGGGGGACCCUGAAUGGAGCGGCUGAAGGCGGGGACCUUGAUGAUGCAGCAAGAACGGACCCUGUCGUUGCGCCCUGCGGACUGCUUGACCGCUUGGGUACUGCUGGUCUGCAGGUCACACUGUGAUGCUUUGUCAUGCUGCCGCGUCCAAGAAAGUAAAGCUAUUAGAGUAUGAUGUGCGCGCUUCCCCUUUCGCCUGGAAACUUCCAAGUUGUUAAACCUGGGAUAACGACGUAUGAGGCGGCGGCUAAAAGACUACUAUUGACUGUCAUACCGCGUUUCGGCUUGCCAUCCCUGCGAGUCUGGAUGUCAGCCAGUCGCACCCGGCUAGUCACAUGGAAUUUAUAUAAUGAAAAAUCUGCGGCAGGUGUAACUGUUACCGAGUUAUAGAUACGACAGGGAUGCAGGGAUUGGUGAUCGGCCGAUUGCGACAACUACGUAUUGUCGUAACUUGUUCUAAUAGGACGAUGAAGAAUAACAACACGCCCCGACAUAUAAUCACUAAAGCCGGUGGAAACGAUUAUGGAUGGG